ACCAUGGGGCUCUGUAAGUGCCCCAAGAGGAAGGUGACCAACCUGUUCUGCUUUGAGCACCGGGUCAACGUGUGCGAGCACUGCCUGGUGGCCAACCACUCCAAGUGCAUUGUCCAGUCCUACCUGCAGUGGCUCCAGGACAGUGACUACAACCCCAACUGCCUUCUUUGCUGCACCCUCCUUUCCACAAGGGAGACCACCCGCCUUGUCUGUUAUGAUCUAUUCCAUUGGUCAUGCCUUAAUGAACGAGCUGCCCAGCUGCCUCGAAAUACAGCACCUGCCGGUUACCAAUGCCCUAGCUGUAGUGGCCCCAUCUUUCCUCCUGCCAACCUUGCGGGCCCUGUGGCCAUUGCCUUGAGGAAGAAACUGUCAACUGUCAACUGGGCUCGAGCUGGGCUGGGCCUUCCACUGAUUGAUGAAGUGACCCCAACCUCUCAGACCCUUGAGACUUCUGGCUUCUCUAAUUGGUCUGGCUUCAAUACAAGUAGCCCUUUAGGGCUAGAUGAUUCCCACUGCGAUGACGAAGAUGAUCCAUCUUUCUACAGUAGCACACCCUCCCCUUCCCAGCCUAUUGCUCUUCCCCCCGCCCAGCCUGAGAAGCAUGCCAUAAUCCAUAUGGGUAGCCCUGAGCCCUUGACAGCCUCUGCUCCUCGAAAAGUCUACGACACCCGGGAAGGGGAUCGGGCACGGGAAGGGGAUCGGGCACGGGAAGUGGAUCGGGAUCCCAGCCCCCAAAGUGACUGUGAUGAUGACAAAUACCGCCGGAGGCCUGCUCUGGGAUGGUUGGCCCAGCUACUAAGGAGCCAGGCAGGGCCCCGAAAACGACCCUUGACCCUGAUGCAGAGGGCUGGGCUACUAGUUCUGCUGGGAGCCCUGGGUUUCCUGGCCCUCUUGAUUCUCAUGUCGCGCUUGGGCCGGGCUGCAGCUGACAGUGACCCUAACCUAGACCCUCUCAUGAACCCUCACAUCCGUGUGGGCCCAGCCUGAAUCCCAUCCCUCUCCUCCUUCCUCACACCUAACUGGGAGGAGAGUCAAGGCCUGUGGGGGGCAGAGAGGGUGCCAUCUCAUCCCCUAGAAUGGUUCCCCUGUUCACUUCUCUCCACUCCAGUCUCUUGAGACACUAAAACCCCACUAGAUCGAGAAGACAAGGUCCCUUUGGCUGUUGCUGCCACUCAGGUCAUGAGUUCACUUGGGGCUGAGUUCUAUCCCCCUGACCUGCUUUUCCUUGGGAGCAUCCCUGGAACACCAGCCCACCCCUACCCAGUUCCCCUCCAUACUCCCUCUCCCUCAGGAAAAACUGUGGCAUUGAAAAUAAACAACAGACUUUAUCAUA